CGGAGCUCAACCUGCGCUCCCUCGCCCCGCCUCUUUAGCCCCUCUGGGCGUGGCUCCGCCCGCAUCGUGUCUGGGUUCUGUUGCCCAGUCUCCUCGUCUAGACUCAGUCUGUUUUUUUCCGUCUGCGUCUUCGUUUGCCCUGCCCCCUUGCGUCGUGCUGGGCACGGCGGGAUGCGUCUCCUCACCCCCACCCCCGGCGUCGCUCCGCCUCCCUGGCGCUUGGCACCUCCCCCGGCGCUCUCACUCCUGUCACCUCCAGUGUCAGCCGGCCGCCGCCUCGCACUUCCCCCACGCCGCGUCUGCCUCCUAGCUCCGUGGCCCGGCCCGGGCUCGCUGCGCUCCUCCGGCCGCACGGGGGCGCUGUGGCCCGCGCGCGUCACGCCCGCCCGGGGACGCUGUGGCGGCGGCGGCCGUGGUUGUGGGCCUGGAAGCGAGACCAGCGGUUCCCAGAGCCCGAAGCAGAGCUGCCGCCGCCGCCGCCGCCGCUGCCGCCAUGGCUGUAAAGGACCCCACAGCUGUGGAGAGAGCCAACUUGCUGAACAUGGCUAAACUGAGUAUCAAAGGGCUGAUAGAGUCGGCUCUGAGCUUUGGCCGCACCUUGGACUCCGACUACCCUCCUUUGCAGCAGUUCUUUGUAGUCAUGGAGCAUUGCCUGAAGCACGGACUGAAAGUAAGAAAAUCUUUUCUGAGUUACAACAAAACGAUCUGGGGGCCCUUGGAGCUGGUGGAGAAGCUGUACCCAGAAGCAGAGGAGAUAGCAGCUAGUGUCAGAGAUUUACCUGGCCUUAAAGAAAGAUGUAAGGAUACAUAUUCUAGUAGAUGGAAAAUAAAGACUCGAGUAAUAGCUGGGAGGAUUAAAUGAGAAGGUACGAG